AUGCCUGCCACACCUGUUCACGCCAUGUCUGCCAAGCCAAGGCCUGUUCACGCCAUGUCUGCCAAGCCAAGGCCUGUUCAUGCCAUGCCUCCCAGGUCAGUAACUGUUCACAUCAAGUCUGCCAUGCCAGGGCCUGUUUACGCCAUGCCUCCCAGGUCAGUACCUCUUCACGUCAAGUCUGCCAUGCCAGGGCCUGUUCAUGCAAUGCUUGCCACGCUAGAGUCUGUUCACAACAUGACUGCCAUUCCAGUGUCUCGUCCCGUCAUAGCCACCAAGCCAGUGUCUUCUGACAAAAUGGCUGCUCUGCCUGUGUCUUCAGACAAGAUGGCCGUUCCACCUAUUUCUUCAGACAAGAUGGCUGCUCCACCUGUGUUUACUGACAAGAUGGCUGCUCCACCUGUGUUUACUGACAAGAUGGAUGCUCCACCUGUGUUUGCUGACAAGAUGGCUGCUCCGCCUGUGUCUUCAGACAAGAUGGCUGCUCCGCCUGUGUCUUCAGAUAAGAUGGCUGCUCCACCUGUGUUUACUGACAAGAUGGCUGCUCCACCUGUGUUUGCUGACAAGAUGGCUGCUCCGCCUGUGUCUUCAGACAAGAUGGCUGCUCCACCUAUUUCUUCAGACAAGAUGGCUUCUCUGCCUGUGUUUUCAGACAAGAUGGCAGCUCCACCUGUGUUUACUAACAAGAUGGCUGCUCCACCUGUGUUUACUGACAAGAUGGCUGCUCUGCCUGUGUCUUCAGACAAGAUGGCUUCUCUGCCUGUGUCUUCUGACAAGAUGGCUGCUCCGCCUGUGUCUUCAGACAAGAUGGCUGCUCCGCCUUUGUUUACUGACAAGAUAGCUGCUCCACCUAUGUCUUCAGACAAGAUGGCUUCUCUGCCUGUGUCUUGUGACAAAAUGGCUGCUCCGCCUGUGUCUUCAGACAAGAUGGCUGCUCCACCUGUGUCUUCAGACAAGAUGGCUGCUCCGCCUGUGUCUUCAGACAAGAUGGCCGCUCCACCUAUUUCUUCAGAUAAGAUGGCUGCUCCACCUAUUUCUUCAGACAAGAUGGCUUCUCUGCCUGUGUCUUCUGACAAGAUGGCUGCUCCGCCUGUGUCUUCAGACAAGAUGGCCGCUCCUCCGGUGUCUUCAGACAAGAUGGCCACUAUGCCAGAGUUUCUUUAUGUCAUGCCUGCCAGUCUACAGACUGUUUACAUCAUGCCUGCCCAGCCAGAGAUUGUUUACGUCAUGCCUGCCCAGUCUGAGCCUGUUCAAUUUAUGCCUGCCACGCCUGAGUCUCUUUACAAGAUGGCUGCCAUGCCUAAGCCCUCAGUCAAGAUGGCUACCAUGUCAGAGUCUCUAUAG